AUGGCUACGCAAGAGACAGCAAAAACUUUAUAUCUUGAUGCCGAUGGCAUAAAAUAUGCGUACCGGCUCAUCGGAAAUUACACAGCCCGAAGCCACUCUGUUCCUUUGCUGAUGCUCAAUCACGUUCGGGCCACCAUUGAUACCUGGGAUCCUGAAGUCAUCAACAACUUCACAGCGUCUGGUCGACAACUUAUAACAUACGACUAUGCUGGUAUAGGACACAGUCAAGGUAAUAUCGCGCCAUCAAUCAGAGGCUUCGCGGUUAACCUACUUGCCUUUCUUAACGUCCUACUCCCAUCUCUCCACGCUCAGCAAGUGGACGUUCUCGGUUUCUCUAUGGGUGGUUACGUUGCUCAACAAUUUGCUUUGGAUGCACCUCACUUGGUUAAUAAAUUGGUUCUCAGCGGUACUGGGCCAAGCCUUGGGCCAGGCGUCGAGCGACCUAUGAAUGAGGUACAAUCCACAGUCUUCAACCCUACUCCAGGGCUGCCGACAAUUGAAGCAUUCUUCCCAUCAUUCACAACCGGUACCGAGGGACAAGCUUGGUUCAAUCGAAGUACCAACUCGCGACAGGGUGUUGCUGGGAAAAAUGGAGAACCUGGAAUUGCAUCCUUCACAACUGGAGAAGAUCUGGUUAAGCUCACGCAGGCUUACUUGACUUGGGAUGCCGAUCCAGUCCCAUAUUCUCUGUUGCAAACUAUACAGAAAGAUGCACUCGUCACCACCGGAGAUAAUGAUCUUAUUGUUCCAACACAAAAUUCCUAUGUGCUAGCUCGACAGCUAUCACGAGCCAACUUUGUCAUGUUUCCCAGCAGUGGUCAUGGUCAUCUGUUCCAAUACGCCGGCUAUUUUACCAAGGUUGUUGGCGAAUUCUUGGACGGUAAACUUCCAACAGCGCCAUUCUCAUCGGGCCAAGCUCCUCCAUUCGGAACAUAUGGAAACAUUAAUUGA